AUCAACUGUCUCUCCGUGAGGUGUGUGGAGCGACUCAGUCAACGAAAACUUACCAGAACAUGUGCUGAAGCAGUGAGUAUGCGGACUUUCGAGGGAUGCUAACUGGAUUUGACAACUUUGGUCGGGCCUACGAGUGGAUAUCUAUGCCGCUGAUACAUGUCAGGACCAGUCACAGCUAGCGCAUAUGGGCACACACAUGGGCUUGUAAGCUGUGACUGUGAUCCCUACUAUCAAGGACAUUCCUCUGUCCUCCAGGGUCACCUCCGUGGGCUUUCUAUCUGGCAGUUUGUACAGCUGCACAAGCUUCUGUUUCCACAACACGCACACACAAAACACACACAGAACACACUCUGUGUGGAAGCUGAAGUCAUUAUUUGCCCCAGCACAUGCCUAUGACCACGAUGGCACACUGAAAGUGAAGAAGAAGCUUGGGUCUGUUGUGUAGCAUGACCUGAAGUGGAUCUCUCUCAUCAUCUAACUGCAGCAAAACAAAGGAUAAAGCAGGCCGCUCCAGGGAGACUCAAUGGCCACUGAAGAAAAUCAGAAACAGGUUGAGGCUGUAGUUCUGGCUUCAUCUUCAUCCACUGAGCAUAGACCCAGCAGAGAAGCCAGGCGCUCAAAUGACAGCCGGGAAGUACGGCGAUACUCUGACCAGUUGUGGCAUUCAAAAGAAAGGAGCAGGCCUUCCCUCCUUUUAUAUAGGAAGCUGUCGUGUGACAGUGGGAAAGGGACAAUUUUGGACGAGGAAUAUGAGUGCUUGUAUUACAGCUCAGAACUCUUGAGCACUGAAGAGAAACUUUAUCCAGAGCUGUCGGCUGGCAGUAACAGAGUUACUCCAAUACCUGGGAAAAGUUCAGGGGGAUCUCCGUGCCAGCUGGACACCCUUGGAGAGGGUGUGGAUGCAGGCAGAAACAGAACUGGCAGCACCCGCUGCUCCUGCACCAUGGCUGGCAAUUGUGUGAGUCCAAACAUCUACUGUUGCCACAGCCCUAGAUCCAGUCCGAGCCCCAGCCCUGUUCAGAGUCCGAGCCUCAGCCCCAUCCCCUCUCUGCCCAAUCAGCGACACAUCCGCCGCAGCAGCCUGCCCGUGUCUAUGCGGGCUUUCCACAAGACAUCAUCCUGCCUCUCAUCUCGCUGCAGUCCGUCCAGUGAACCAAGCUCUUUGGUGUCCUCUCCUUGUAGUUCCCCCCUGCCCAACCCUCGCCAGCAUCACCAAAAUGGACUCCUCCACCGGCACCAUCUCAAAGAUGGCUACUCGAGUUUAGAGAGGCUCAACCGAAGGCCCAGGGUCAACAAAUGCUCCCUGGAGAAACUAUUCCUGCUACGGGCAUCUCUCGACACCAUGACGACAACCGCGGGGAGCGUUAAGAGGUCAUCUUUAGGAGUGCCCGGGAACUGCAGCGGGGGCAGCAGCAGUGAUGAAGAGGAUGGAGAGGGUCUCUUGGAUAACGCAGAGUUUGUUAGGAACCGUGGAGAACGUUCCACUGUCCUAGUGAGGCGCUUCUUCAGGAAUAAUCAAAAGGUGACCAAGUCAGUGUGUACUGGAACCAGAGCGAUUGUCAAGACACUGCCAUCAGGACGCAUCUCAGAGGAGGUCUGGGAGGUGGUUGCUUAUCGCAGAAUAUGGCAACCCAGCAAGAAGAAUAUCUGGCCAAUCUUAAUGCAGGUUGUGGGAGAAGAAGUCAGAGUCUGCAGGGGGAUACUACGUUUUGUUGGAGUUAAGCUACAUCAAGUUACCAACUAUGUGCUGGACGGAGAGGAACACAAUCUGAUACAUCCUGCCAAAAAGAUCCUUCUGUUUUUCCCUGGAUGUUUGUGUCUCAGGGAUUCUCGCUGGCUAUCAGACACUGUCAGUGUCACCGUCAGCCCAGCCAGACCGAAUCUGAGGUGUUAUCAUUCUUCUCAUCCACAUAGGUUUUUUCGUGCAUGUGGCCAGAGGACGUCUGUGUGUUCCCUGCUGACCGGAGCCCUACUAGAGGCCACAGCCGCUCUCGGUGCCCGCUUGGCUCUACCUUACCCUUUGCCCCAGGGCCCCAACAGCCACGUUGUGCUGAAAGAGCGUCAGCUGGCCAACAGUAUGACCAGCAGCAGCUCUCUUCCUCCCAGUGUCAGUGGGAUCAGUAAGGAGUUGGCAGAGGUGCGCCACCUUGUUCAGUUCCCUGAGGAGAUCGCCUGUAUCCUCACCGAGCAGGAGCAGCAGCUCUACCAACGGGUCUUUCCCUUGGACUACCUCUGUUUCCUCACUCGAGACAUGGGCAUUCCAGAGUGUCAAACUAAGCGCCACCCAAACCUCAAGGCCUCACUGUCAGUGCCCACCAUGCCUACCCAGAGUGCUCAGCGAAGUAAUGCUGUGGAGGACCUGGUGGCACGCUUCAAUGAGGUGAGUUCGUGGGUGACGUGGCUGAUCCUGACAGCAGGGUCCAUGGAGGAGAAGAGAGAAGUUUUCUCCUAUCUGGUCCAUGUCGCUAAAUGCUGUUGGAACAUGGGAAACUACAAUGGUGUCAUGGAGUUCCUGGCUGGACUCAGGUCCCGCAAGGUGCUGAAGAUGUGGCAGUUCAUGGAUCAGUCGGACAUCGAGACCAUGAGGAGCCUAAAGGAUGCCAUGGCUCAGCACGAGUCUUCUUCUGAGUACAAGAAGGUUGUGACCAGAGCUCUCAAUAUCCCAGGAUGCAAGGUGGUGCCAUUCUGUGGGGUUUUUCUGAAGGAGCUGAGUGACGCGUUGGAUGGGACAGCAAGCAUCAUCAGCCUCAAACAUCAAUCUCCAGAUACUACAGAGGACUCAAUAGAGUUUGUGUCUGACUACAGCGGCCAGCACAACUUCAUGCCACGGUCUGGUCCAGAUGGUCUACACGUCCCAGAGAAAGAAGCAACUGUCAGCAACAUCCUCCAAAUUAUCAGAUCUUGUAAUCGUAGUUUGGAGGCAGACGAUCCCGACGAGGCGUCUACCAGUCCUUCUUCUGCUGGCCCAUACCUUGCGUCCAGAAACAACUCCUUCAGGGACCGCUGCCGCAAUCAAUUCAUGCUAGGCGACUUGUCAGAUUCAGAUGGCGACUUGUCGACUGAGCCGGUGGUGAAAGAGGUGGAGUUUCAGGGGACUGAGGAGACACACAGAGCUUUCAGCCAUGGCACUGAGCUCAUUCCCUGGUACGUGUUGUCGCUACAACCAGAUGUUCACCAGUUUCUGCUUCAGGGGGCCACAGUCAUUCACUACGACCAGGACAACCACCAGACAGCUCGCUGUCUGCUGCGACUACAACCUGACAACACAACACUCACCUGGGCUAAGCCUCAAAGUGGAGGCGCUUCCCCCACAGAGCCACCACUGGGAUUAGGACAGGCUGUAGUGGCAGGACUAGCAGAGGGCCUUUUGGACCUGGGAGUGGUGAAGGCAGUGUUCCUGGGUCAUCAGGGAGUGGACGUUCAUGCCGUGUGUUUGCAAAACAAGCUGAGCCAGAUGACGGUAGAGGAGAAUGGUCUCAGUCUUCUCUACGGUCUCAGUACCACUGACAACAGACUCCUGCACUUUGUGGCUCCCAACCACACGGCACAGAUGCUCCAUAAAGGCCUGUCAGAGUUGGUGAAUGCAACCAGAAAAUUAAAGAAAUUUCCUGACCAAAGGUUGCAGUGGCUGAGGAGGCAGUAUGUCAGUUUGUAUCAGGAGGAUGGCCGGUAUGAAGGCCCUACACUAGCCCAUGCCAUUGAGCUGUUUGGGGGCCGAAGGUGGAACAUGGGUACAGGUGGCGUGGAGAAACCUGCCGCCCAGAAAAACAGCCCUCUGAGCAUCAAUGAUAAGACCAAGAAGAAAAAGAAGGUCCUUGUCAGGGGAGACAGUGGAGAUGCCACGGAUGAUGAGAUGGUGUCCAGGAAAACACGGAGCUGUAAAGACGGACUGUAUCGAAACGGACCAGAGUCUGACAGCAUCGACCAAGAAGAUCCAGAGGACAGCUUCCCUGGACCAUUCUCCCUCUCAUCCAGUAAAAACCCUGGAUUGCUUGCCUCUUCUUCCUCCUCCUCCUCUUCCUCCAGCAUGGUGGGGUCCAACCAGUCCCGUCCACAGUCCUCUCCAAUCCUCUCAGGAACUACCAAGCCGCAGCCGGGGGCUUGGAGCAGCAGGUCGUGGCACGGUCGAGGUAAAGGCUGUUUCAAAGGCUUCCAGAAUCUCAUGAUUUCUGACAGCACGAUGAGCUUCAUUGAGUUUGUUGAGCUCUUCAAGUCAUUCAGUAUCCGAAGCAGGAAGGACCUGAAGGAGCUGUUUGACACCUUUGCCGUCCCCUGCAGUCGAUCAAGUCCAGAGUCUGCACCUCUCUACACCAACCUCAGGAUAGAUGACAAAGACACGGGGCUACAGCCAGACCUCGACUUAUUAACCCGCAAUGGUUCUGAUCUUGGCCUGUUUAUCCGGACGAGGCAGCAGAUGUCUGACAACCAGAAGCAGAUCUCAGACGCUAUUGCAGCAGCCAGCAUUGUGACCAACGGGACAGGAGUUGAGAACGCAUCACUAGGCGUCUUGGGAUUGGCUAUCCCUCAGCUGAACGACUUCCUGGUGAACUGUCAGAGAGAGCACCUGACCUACGAUGAGAUUCUCAGCAUUAUACAGAGAUUUGAGCCUUCAUCAAGCAUGAGACAAAUGGGUUGGAUGUCAUUUGAAGGCUUUGCAAGGUUCCUGAUGGAUAAGGAGAACUUUGCCUCUCGUAUUGAGGAAUCCCAGAUAAACCCUGAGGAGCUGCAGUACCCUCUGUCUUACUACUACAUUGAGUCUUCUCAUAACACCUAUCUAACCGGACACCAGCUCAAAGGAGAGUCCUCUGUUGAGCUUUACAGUCAGGUGCUGCUGCAAGGCUGUAGGAGCGUCGAGUUGGACUGUUGGGAUGGAGAUGAUGGCAUGCCAGUUAUUUAUCAUGGACACACACUCACCACUAAGAUACCCUUUAAGGAUGUGGUGGAAGCAAUUAACAGGUCUGCAUUUGUCAAUUCGGACAUGCCCGUCAUCCUGUCUAUAGAGAACCACUGCUCCCUCCCUCAGCAACGCAAGAUGGCUGAAAUUUUCAAGACGGUGUUCGGGGAACGUCUAGUGACGCGUUUCCUCUUCGAAAGCGACUUCAGCGAUGACCCGCACCUGCCGUCACCGCUGCAGCUGCGAGGGAGGAUCCUCCUCAAGAACAAGAAGCUCAAAGCACACCAGGCGCCAGUGGACAUACUCAAACAGAAGGCCCACCAGCUGGCCCACAUGCAGGCCCAGGCUAGCAACGGGUCGCCAGGGGUUAUUUCGCCCGGCAACCACACCAAUGAGGAAGAGGAAGAGGAAGAAGACGAGUAUGACUAUGACUAUGAGUCUCUAUCAGAUGAUAACAUCCUGGAUGACAAGUCAGAGGGGAAGAGCUCAGCAGACAAAGACGAGCACCCUGUUGAUGAAAUACCGAAGAGGAUGAAGAAGUCUGAUAGCACGACACAGAGCAAAGGAAAGGUGUUUGACAUGGAGCUGGGCGAGGAGUUUUACCUUCCUCAGAACAAGAAGGAGAGUCGACAGAUUGCCCAGGAGCUGUCCGAUCUCAUCAUCUACUGCCAGGCUGUGAAAUUCCCUGGUCUUUCCACACUGUCUCCAGCCGGCUCUAACAGAGGAAAGGAUCGGGGAAAGAGCAGGAAGUCCAUAUUUGGCACAGCUCCUGCUCGCUGCAGCACAACAGGGGAGGUCACGACCCAAAGCCGCACCCCUGGGAAAGGUGGCGCCGAGCGACUGAGUUGGGAGGAGCAACAGACGUCUCCCAUCCUUAACCCCCCCACCUCUCUUAGUGCCAUCAUCCGCACGCCCAAGUGCUACCACAUCUCCUCUGUCAACGAGAACGCCGCCAAGCGCCUGUACCGGCGUUACUCUCAGAAGCUGAUCCAGCACACGGUGUGCCAGCUGCUCAGGACAUACCCAGCAGCCACCAGGAUCGACUCAACCAACCCGAACCCUCUGCUGUUCUGGCUGCACGGUAUUCAGCUGGUGGCACUUAACUAUCAGACUGAUGACCUGCCCAUGCAGUUGAACGCAGCUUUGUUUGAGGCCAACGGCGGCUGUGGCUACGUCCUGAAGCCAGCGGUGCUGUGGGACCGCAGCUGCCCGCUCUAUCAGCAGUUCUGUCCGAUGGAGAGGGAUGUGGACAAAAUGAGCCCCGCUGUCUACUCCCUCACUAUUGUCUCCGGUCAGAACGUUUGUCCUGGUAAUAGCGCUGGCAGCCCGUGCUUCGAGGUGGAUGUUCUGGGCAUGCCCAUCGACAGCUGCCACUUCCGCACCAAACCCAUCCACCGCAACACCCUCAACCCCAUGUGGAGCGAGCACUUUCAGUUCACUGUGCACUUUGAAGAAAUGUGCUUCCUGCGCUUCGCCGUCGUAGAGAACAACAGUUCCCAGACUACCGCGCAGAGGACUAUGCCUCUGAAAGCCCUCAAGCCAGGUUACAGACACAUCCAGUUGAGGACACAACAUAAUGAACCUCUUGAAGUGUCGAGCUUGUUUAUCUACAGUCGCAGAACAGAGGAAGGUCCCACAGGGGGAGCUACUCGCUCAUCACUGCUGUUCAGUUCGGAGGAAAAACGUACGUCGCAGCAACACAGGAUUACAGUGUACGGAGCUCCCGGUCCUGAGCCCUUCACUGUGUUCUGUGUCACAGAACAGACGACCGCCAAACAGCUGCUGGACAUGGUCGUAGCACCUGCAGGAAAUCCGUUGGAGUACUUCCUAUGCGAAGAAAAGGUUCCUCUGUUGAAGGAGCGCAGUGAGGUGAAGCGCUGCGCUCAGCAUCGUCCUCUCGCGCCGGAGGAGGAGGUGGUCAGACUGGUCUCCAGCUGGAACACUGAGGAGGGAUAUGUGGGAAGGAUCUGCCUUAAAACCAGAGAGGAGAACUUAAAUGAGAGGAACACGGUGCUGGAGGGAGAGGAGGAGGUGACUGUGGGAGGUAGAGAAGUAACAGCAGCAGGAGGUGGGGGAGGAGGAGAGGACGAUAUGUUCUUCGUCCAGGUCCAUGAAGUUUCACCAGAGCAGCCUCACACUGUGAUCAAGGCCCCACGCUACAGCACUGCUCAGGACAUCAUACAGCAGACUUUGUCAAAGGCCAAGUAUUCCUACAGUAUCUUAUGUAACCCAAAUCCAAGUGACUAUGUCCUGAUGGAGGAAGUGACCAAGGAGGCCGGCUCUAAGAAGUCCUCCACCGCCAAGCCCCUGCAGCGGGUGCUGCUGGAUCACGAGUGCGUCUAUCAAGCUCAGAGCCGCUGGCGGGGCGCUGGGAAGUUCAUUCUUAAACUCAAAGAGCAGGUGGUGCGGGAAGACAAAAAGACUAAAGUCAUUUCCUUCACCAGCGAGCUGAAGAAGCUGACGAGUCGCAGCCGCAGCAUGACGACUGGCGGUGGAGUGGACGCUCCCGCUCAGAGUAAGGAUGAUAGAGCUGCAUGCUGUGUGGCUCUGACAGAGCUCCAGGAGUGAGGCUCACACUGCUGUCUGUGCAUGGAAGGGCAACAGAGGGUAUCUGUCUGCAGCUGAAGGUCUGAAGGCGUGGGUGGCGGAGGGCAGGGUGGGGGCAGGAAGGUUCUUACAGGCCUCCUCUUCCUCCUCUAGGGCGCAACUUCAACCUGUCUACCUGCCCACCUCCUCUCUGACCCCCCCAGCCUGGACGCUUCACCUCCUCAGGAACUGGAAGAUCCACAAAUGAAGUCCACAGAGAGAGAGGACUUGGGUCGACUACUUCUAAACCUGUAGGAUUCUCCUUUCCAAGAAGGGCGAAGGGUUUCAGCGAGGGUCCUGCACACCAUGGAAUUCUGCGAUAUGCUCCUCUAAGUCCUGAAGGAGUCUGAUGCUUGUGUUAGUUGAACAAGUAGAGGACAGGAUUCAGUCCAAGCCCCGUUUAUGGGUUAGGUGACCGAUGUUCAGCCCCUUUGCUUGGUUGAAUGAUGGACAGGAGUUUCAUCCAGAUGUUUUGAUUGGAAAUCCCACCCGGUGUGGGCGGGUAGCUCUGGCUCUACUUGGUUUAUUGUUUGUAGUUUUGCUCCACAGGGAGUCAAGAGCACCAGAGGCAGCUGUUGUAAUUGAAGUCAUCAGGAAUGUGAUCAGGGACACAAAAAGCAUAUUCUCUUCCCAAUAUAUAGGAGGAAUUUAUGAGACUAAAAGGAACACUUCCCUGAGUAGGAAGCUUUUAGAUGUGCCAGUUUUUUUAUCUCCCAAAAUAUAGAUAAAAUAAAAAAGUAGGAGUGCUUCAAAAUGGCCUCUGGAUUGAAUCAGAUUAGUCAACCACAAUUCUUUUAAGAAGAAAUUCAGAUAUAGUCCUGCUGUAGAUUUGAUGUUCUAUGUGCUAACAUUGGCUAAGAUUUGCUAUUGGAUGACUAUAUCAUGUAUUUGGUUCAGAGUAAGUUUCUAAACGACUCCCCUUUUUCUGGUAUCACACAGCAGACAUAGGGAGGUCUGCUUGGCAAAAUGGAAGGAGAGAUGUAGGAGAGGACGAGGGCUGAAACAGUAAUUCUUCUCUCUUUCUCAGGUAUGGGCUCUUUUGGCAGAGGGCAUUGUGAAGGAGGCUGACAAGCUGGCUUGUUUGGUUCUUUUCUUACUGUUCCACUUUCACCAGUACUGUAAGGGCACACGUUGGGCAGUGCAGACGGGCAAAAAGACAACACAGUGAGACAGUCUAUUCAGAUAUUCUGUAAUGUUAGCAACAACAGUUUAGGCGAUCUCUUGCAUGCUGCUGUCUUUGCCAUAAAGGUGAUAAUACAGGAGCGGCAUUUUAAGGCAAUAUAAAUUUGAACUUCUAUGUUGCCUUGAAAUGUUGUAACACUGCCUUUAACUUUUGGUAAUUUUCAGGAUCAUCAGUGGCUGGUUUCACAAAGUAUGUUUGUCAUUAUUGUCCACUAAUAAUUACGUCAACAAGCAUCUUAACUUGCCAACCAAAUUAAUACAUUUUUACAAAAUACAUACCUAUAGUUACACAAGGGCUGGGUUUGAAAUGUUUUGAUAGUCAUGUAAAUUCAGUGGCUCACUGUGAGUAAUUUGAACAUGUCUUUUUCUAUAAAACUCUGUUCGUUUAAGAAAAGAGUCGAAACCUCUCAAAAGUUAAACGUUACCUAAACACAAGUGGCUGAUCUUUACUAAAGUAAAAUAAAUAUGAUUUGGAACCAAAAUGAUCUCAAAGAAAAAGAGCACAAAUUUGAGCAGACAUUUGAUUCCAGGUUUCGGUCCUUGGCAGUUGAAAGUAUUGAGGUUUAGGACUCAGCCCUAAUGCUAAUAGUGCUAACAAGACAUUUUGGCUAAAUUGAAAAAUGUAAACACUUGUGAGAAGGACUUUUAUGAGGAAAAAUAGCUAAAACAAAACAUAUUUCCUCCUUUAUUUGAGCAGAAUGAUGAUGAAUUCAGCACUAAGACCCUUUGGAGAAACACAGCCAUGUCUUCUUCAAACAGCAUUUUGCACAUUUGUUUUUAACUUCUGCUGUCAUCAGAGUUUUUGUGUUGACAGACAGACUUUAUUGUUAUGAGAUGGUUGAAAAUGACUUUUAAAAAUUGUUAUGAUCAUCAUAUUUAUUACUUUGAAUUUCAGCCCAGUUGCAAAUUUAUUUUGGAGCAAAGCACAAGAUAAAAGUUUGGAUUGUCUUUGUCAAACUGAAAUGGCCGUGUAGUCUGAGCCCCAAUUUGAAAUUCCCCACACUAAAAUAUCAACUGAAUGAAUUGCAUUUAACCUACAUUUACUGUCCUUGAUUUUGAAUGCAGGAUCUUUAUAGAUAGUAUUGAUUGUAGACUUUUCUUUAUAACUAAAUGCUCAUUUCAGUUUUGUGUUUUUUUCAGAAUUGACUAAAACUUCAUUUAUUUGGGGCCAAUUUUCCCCUUUUUUUCUGUUUUGAUGUGUAACAUUUCCAUAUGUUUUAAAGUGUAUUUUGUCUCUUUAGAACAUAGUUUUGUUUUAUUAGGCAUUUCACUUGUUAAUUCGUAGAUCUUCCCUCUAGUGUAGUCACACUGAUCUCACUGAGAGUUUAAAAUCUACAGUAAAUACCAGCUGGUCUUGAUUUGUGACAUGAAAAGAAUCUUACACAAAAUGUGUAUUUAGGCUUACCAAACACUAUAGAGACAAACUUUAUUUCCUGAAUCAAAUUUAAAGAAAAGUGUUCUGAACCCACUAUAAUUAAGAAUAAAUAUAACACUUAAACAAUAUAAAACUUGUAAUUGGCAGACUGAAAUUUGGCAUCAGAAGCUUUCUAAAACCUGCAAACUUCAUGUUAAGACACCAAGUAUAAUGUUGUUUAAAAUGUUUGAAUAUAUUUUAUAGGCAAAUGUAGCCACACUCCACAAAAAGAUUGGACUGUUUGUCUUCUUACUUUAAUUUGUCUUUUUAGUAAAAGUUUGCGCAGUGCCAAGUAACGAUGUUUGAAUUUUAGUGCAAUAGUCACUUAGUCAAAACUGAUCAUUCACAGGCAGAGAUGGUAUGGCAGUAGGACGAUCCUUUAUGGUAAUGAAGGUAGAUCCGCUUGUGAUCCAAGAAACCACGACUGUCUGUCAAGGAUAAGAGUUAAGCUGAUAUAGUAGUCGCUGUAAUCCUUCUGUCCACUCUGCAAUUUGGUUUAUGAAGUGAAACAUGUUUAUGCAAGGAGAUCAUAUUUCAUAAACUGGUGAUUACUUACAAAGACAAUGCUGGAUAAAAGUGAUGCCAGCUGAUAUGAAAUCCACACUGACUUUAAACAGAAAGGGACGUUUUCUGUUAAGUUGUAAAUGUAUAAUCUGCGGGAGCUUCGUCACAUCCUAACACCGUUCAGACAGAGCUGUGUGUUCUUUGUUUUCCUUCUUUCUAACCUGUAGACCUCAUUUCUGAAUGUAAUAUUUCUUAACGUGAGACAAAUGUGUGUUUGGAUGUUAUUUAUUUUAAUGUGAAGCCCUGGUUGGCAAUUAUCUGUCGUCGUCUAUGUAUAAUUUCCUGUAAGUAGUUUUAAGUGUUUUAUUUUUAUUUAUUUCAAUAUGUAAGAGGAGAAACUCUCUUCUGUCCUAACUUUGCUCAAACUUAUUUAGAUAAGAUAGGUAAAAAAAAAAUGUUUGACUUCAUGUGUAAAAUACUCAGCGUUGUAUUCAUAUUUCUGGCAUGUUAUUCUGCAGUACACAGCAACGUCUUAUGUGAGUUUUCAUAAAUUGGACAAAUGCUGACAGUUCUUUGUCAAAUCUUUUUUUGGGUAUAUUCAUUAUAUCCACUGAGUAUGAAAUCUGUGUUUGCUGACUGUGGGCUAAUGUUUCAUCUUCAGCACUCUGUUGUUUCCAUAAGAUGUGCAGUAUACCCUUUAACAUCCACUAUCCGUGUUAUGAUGUGGCUGUCAAGUGAACAUUUGUCUAUUUACUUGAAUUUUUAAAUGGAUGAGAAUUGGUGGAUUUGUCAUAUACUAGGAUCACAAUAAAAAUACAAAUACUUAA